AUGAAAAAUGUGGAGGAUCUUCAAGACAAAGCAAAGAGGAAGUGCUUCAUUGGCUUGUGUCCCAACAUCAAGUCUCGCUACCAACUUAGCAGGAAAGCUGAAGAAGUUGUCGCGGCUGUUAAUGAACACCUUCAACAAGGUGAAUUCAACAGUGUUUCAUGCCCUGCUCCUCCGCCAGACAUACUGGAUGUAACUCCUAAAGAUUUUGAGGCCUUUGAAUCAAGAGCGAGGGUAUAUAAAGACAUCAUGGAGGCAUUGAAAGAUGGUACUACCAACUUGAUAGGGGUGUACGGGAUGGCUCAUGUGGGCAAAACCACACUAGUCAAAGAAGUUUAUAGACAGGCCAAACAAGACAAGUUAUUUGAUUCUGUGACUAUGGCAUUUGUGAAUCAGACUCCUGACCUUCAAAAAGUUCAAGAUCAACUUGCAGCUUCAUUGGGUCUAAAAUUAAAAGGAAAGGAUGUGGUGGUUAGAGCAGCCCGAUUGCGCGAAAGAUUGAAGAAAGAGAAGAAGGUUCUUGUUAUUUUAGAUGAUAUUUGGAAGAAACUAGAUUUGAAGGAAGUGGGAAUUCCUUUUGGAGAUGAAAACAAGGGAUGCAACAUAUUGCUCACGUCAAGAGAUGUAAAUGUUCUAAGUAAUGAGAUGGAUGCUCGGCAAAUUUUUGAAAUAUCUGUUUUAGAAGAUAAAGAGGCUUGGGACCUGCUUAAGAAGAUGGCUGGGGACGAUGCUGAAAAUCCUGAGUUGCGAUCUACAGCAAUUGAAGUAGCCAAAAAAUCUGCAGGACUGCCUAUCGCCAUUGCAACAGUUGCAAGGGCUUUAAGAAACAAAGGCUUAUUUGCGUGAAAUGAUGCUUUGAGAAAACUACAAAGGCCUUCCCCAACAAACUUCACAGGAAUACCAGCACAUGUUUAUUCAGCCAUAGAGUUGAGUUACAACCAUUUGGAAAGAGAGGAUCUUAAACGCACAUUUUUGCUUUGCGGGCUGCUAGGUUA